CAAUCAACAUGAUUGAAAAACCAAAACACCAUCUUAAAUCCUUGCCCAAAGGAGCUUGGAAGCGAUUAAAAGACUUGCACGAUCGCCAAAAGAGGCGGCGUCACUUACUAAUAGACAAUAGUUCCCAGGAUCUACAUAUCGACAACGAAGCCGGCACUUUAUUAAUACCUAUUGUACGGAAAGAGAACCCUCCAACCAGACCCACUGGAACAAUACCCAAGAAACCCAAAGGCGCUGAUUUGGAUAUUAGUUGUCCAGUUUCGCGCUUCAGGCAGUUACAGUUCCAACGCGACCUUUGCAUCCAUCCUUUCACAUACACCAAUGUGGAACGCGGCAGGAAACAAAAGGACAUAGAAAUAGUGGAAGAUUUAGCCAAAAUGCCUAGUGAUAAAGAGAGUCCAGAAGCCAAACCACUGAACAAUAACAACACAAACGGAAAUGGUGGCAGUGCACCAAGUAAGCCAAAGAUCCAGCCAAAGUACAGCAUCCACCGGGAUGUGCUGACCCACGAAGUGGUGAUCAAGCAAACGGGCUAUGGGGCCCGGGACAAGAGCAUACCGUCCUCCCUGCGAAACUGCUGGAAGGGCUGGAACUUCUUCGCACUCUUCACCGGCGUGAUUCCCAUCCUGCAAUGGUUACCUCAGUAUUCACCCAGGAGAGAUCUUCCUGGGGACAUUAUAGCCGGCUUCACCGUCGCCAUUAUGAACAUACCCCAUGGCAUGGCCUAUGGUAUUCUGGCAGGAGUUUCGGCGGGAAAUGGUCUCUAUAUGGCCGUGUUUCCAGUACUGGCCUAUAUGUUUCUGGGCACCUCCAAGCACAUCUCAAUUGGCACCUUUGCGGUGGCCAGUAUGAUGACAGCAAAGGUGGUGGACACGUACGCCAAUGUGGAUGACCACCCGCAUGGAUCGGGGUUGCUGUCGAAUGGGACGGCCACUGCAUCACCUCUUCUGCCAUUGAACUCUUCAGUACUUACGGACUUUUCUACCUCAACCAGCGCAUCACCUCUUUCAGUCUUCGAGGCCACAACUGCAUCGACGAUUCAGCUGUUGAAUUCCACUGUAAUUGCAGAUCCCAUCACGAAGUUGGAGGUGGCAACCACUUUGGCCCUCACCGUUGGCAUUGUGAAUCUCCUUAUGGCUUUUCUAAGACUGGGAACCCUGUCGUCCCUGCUCAGUGAGCCCCUGGUCAAUGGAUUCACCACUGCUGCAGCUUGUCACGUGGUCACCGCCCAGCUAAAAGAUGUCCUGGGCAUCUCAGUGCCCCGUUAUAAGGGCGCCUUCAAGAUCAUAUACAGUGUUAUCGAUGUGAUCAAGGGCGUGCCGGAGACGAAUCUUGUGAACUUUGGCUUUUGCAUGGCCGUGAUUGUAUUUAUGAUGAUCUGCAAUGAGAUCCUAAAGCCACGGCUGAGUAAACAGUGUCGCUUCCCCCUGCCCGCCGAGCUGAUCAUGGUGAUCGGUGGCACACUGAUCUCCAAGUGGUUCAACCUACAGGUCGACUACAAGGUGAACCCGGUGGGUACAAUACCCAGCGGCUUACCGGAGCCCAUGCUGCCACGCUUGGAUCUUGUGCCAAAGGUGGCAGUGGAUUCAAUAGCCAUUGCCAUAGUCACCUACUCCAUAAUCAUGUCCAUGGGCCUGACAUUCGCCAAGAAGCAUGGCUAUGAGGUUAGGCCAAAUCAGGAACUAUUCGCCAUGGGCAUUGGCAACAUGGUGGGCGGCUGCUUCUCGUGCAUUCCCAUGGCGUGCUCCUUGUCGAGAUCCGUCAUCCAGGAUCAGACGGGAGGGGUUUCGCAGAUCGCUUCACUGGUCUCCGCCUCGCUGGUGGUGGUCACCCUCAUGUGGAUCGGCCCCUUCUUCGGCAGUUUGCCCAGGUGCGUUUUGGCAGGCGUAAUCAUAGUGGCCCUGAAGCCGAUGUUUAUGCAGGCCAAGGAGCUGAAAAAGUUUUCCAAGCAGGGCAAGCUGGAGAUGUUCACCUGGAUAUCCACCUUUCUGUGCGUGGUGAUCAUCGAUAUUGACAUCGGUCUCCUGAUUGGCAUCUGCAUCUCCUUGUUGGCCCUGUAUAUCAAGGGCCUGAAGCCCUACUCCUGCCUUUUGGGCUACAUGCCAGAGGCUCCGGGAAUCUAUAUGGAUCUCAACCAGCACCGGAAUGCCAUGCAGGUGCCUGAGACCCGCAUUUUCCGCUACAGUGGGUCUCUGAACUUUGCCACAAGUCUGUUUUUCCGGCGGGCUUUGUUUGAGGCCGUGGGUCUGGACAAGAUUCCACUGACAAGGAUCAGCAGCAGCAAUAGUAAUAGUCCGAGUAAGGGCAGCAAAUCGAGCUACUCUCCGGUUUCGCAGAACGGAGGAAAGGCUGUCAAUGGCCAGUUGGAGGUGUCACCUGGUGCUUUCAAGGUGCUCAUCCUGGACUUCUCAAUGCUGGGACACAUAGAUGUGGCGGGUUGUCGCACCCUGACGGAUGUGAGCAAGGAGCUGAAAGUACGAGGAGCCCGCCUGCUGCUGGCCAGUCCCGUAGAUCGGGUGUACGAUACCCUGGUGCACAGUAUGGCCCUCAGCGAAGGACCUUUUGAGAUCUUCCCCACGCUGCACGAUUGUGUGGAAUAUGCCAAUGCCUGUCGAACGGCGUGAGAGGAAGAGGGUCAUCCUGAUCCUGCUCCAGGUUCCCAUAAUAAUGGGGAUGCGGACGCAAACCACGUUUUGUGAUAUGUCCAAGUGAUAGCUUGCGCAUCGUAGCACCAAAACCCCUUCAUAGAUGAUAAGUCCUAUUUUAAACUGAAUAGAAACAAUGUCGCCGUCUACAAUCAAGCAGAAUAGGCUAAGUUUGUUUAAGUGCCUCCGAAAUAUUGAUUUUUGUACUUAAAGCAUACACAGCCCACCAGUCAAGGCAACCGAAGAACUUCAAGCGAUCAAUGAAGCGCAUUGAUCUAGUGCAAUUUGUACCAAAAUGAACAAUUCAAACACACACAAUUAGUUUUUAGGGUUGAUAUGUAUGGAGAUGUAUAAACUGUACAUAAAGAUUAAAU